GGCGAACCGCUGGUAGACGAGGCCGUCGGGCUCUUCUCGACCUCAGACACGCCCAGCCUGUCUUUCUACGCCUGCUACUCAAGCCUGAGUCCGGUAGAUCCGGGCCCCUCGGGCUUCCUCUCCUCCUGCCCCGACCAGCCAGUCGGCUCCUCCGCCGGUCCGCCGGCCACUUGCCUCGCCGUCGCCCAUCGCCCUCUGCAGGCCACCUUUCGCCGCGACCUCCGCCUCGCCUCGACUCCCGCCCUCCCUCACGUCGGCAUGUCAUUCUCCUCCAACCCCUUUUCUCUGUUGCUCCACCAACCGGCCGCCGCACACUCACCGUCGCCGUCGCCGUCGCCGUCGCCACCGCCGCCGCCGCACAUUCGCUCGCCGACAACUUCGCCGUCGACCUCGCCCUCGUGUCGGCAACCGGCAGCGCCACAUUUGCCCGGACUCGAGCUGCCCCCGCCUCGGCUGCACGGCGCACAUGCACCUCAUCCGUUUCAGGCCUACCAACACGCCUCCGCCUACGCCUACGCUCCGUACGGAUUUGCAGAACGGACCUCCUCCUCCUCCUCCUCCUCUUCCUCCUCUUCCUCCUCUUCUUCAUCCUCUUCCCUCUCUUCCCUCUCCGUCUCCGUCUCUGCCUCGACGUCGGCACCGGCGUUGGCCUUGGCCUUGGCGUCGACGUCGACGUCAGCUACGCCCAAUUGCUUGCCGGUCGGCGCUUCGCUCGACGCCAGCCCCGACGACUACAGCUUCCUUGCAGAGACUCUGAAUGCCACCACCUCAGGCGCCGCUGCUUCCGGCGCGCCAACUCCCAGCCCCGGAGCCGUCCAGUCCGCAGAUCUGUUGCUAAUGUCCGGCCUCGACUCACCGGCUCCUCAUCUGGCGCCACUGUCCGCUCGUCAACCGGCCCUCGGACAGAUUCGCACAGACUGCCGCCUCGUGGCCGACUACCAACCGGUCGGCAUGACGCCAAUGCACCAACACCACCACCAACAUCAACACCACCAACAACACCAACAACAUCAGCACCAGCAGCAGCAGCAGCAGCAGCGCUCGCCACUGCUGCCUCCGGUGACGGGACAGACCGACGCAACGGUCUCACGCAGAGCCUCGUCCGGACGACAGAUCAACGGGCAGAAGACGCAAGUGGCAGGCACAUUUGCUGGAAAGCGGACCGCACUCGGAGCCCAGGCAGGCAGGGAUGUCGAAGUCGAGCAGCACGAUGAGCUGGCAAGUGAGUUGUCGUCAUCUUAG